AUGAGCAGUCCCAGGCCUACCGAUGAACCUGUGCGUCCGGGACUUUAUUACCCUUCGAAAGGCGCGUCAAAACUGCAGCGGCUGCUAAAGAUAGCCUUGCCUCACUCCCAGAAUCUGCCACAUCUGCCUCCUAGCGGCACCAAUAAACUGCCACCAGCUGGGCAGAAUCCUUUGCCAUCGAGCGCUGCAUCUUCUCGAAUAGGAUUGUUACGAUCCAAUCUGCUGACUCGUGGUGAACCAGUGGGGCUGCCAAAACUAACGCCACUGACACCAAAGCCCCCCAAAAACCAGCGUACUCGUCUGCGGCUGUUCAAUCUGGCUCCGUUCAGCUACGUGGACCAGGAGCGGUCGUACCUUCGAAAACUUCGGAACCACAUGGCUGACGACUACUACACAAAGGGUAUUCUGGGGGCACUGAGCGAACUGUUCGCCGAACAAGACGAUGAUGAUGACGAUGAUAUACAGUCGCUAAAUACUGACCUACUUGGCGACAUUGAUGGUGAUUAUCUGGUUGAUUUAACUUUGUCGCUGUUGAAACUCGAUGAUGUCAAUCCCAACAAAAAGAUAACACAUCUAAUAACGAAGGACGAUGUCGAUGACCCCAAGGUGCUUGAACGCCUAGAGUGGCAACUGAUGUUAACUCUGGUUUUGACUGGUGAUGUUUUACGCCUGGAAAAAACCAAAUUUACCUCCAAUACCUGGCUGGAAAAUCCUCAUGAGUCCCUUAUGGUUCAAGCAUAUAAAGAUAACUUGUGGUUUGGUGUACGAGCGAAGAUUCUAAAUCGAAUCGAAAGUGAGCACCGCAAAGUCAUCUCUUAUCGCCGUACUUUAGUUGAUGGUGUGAUAGACGACAUUAACAAGUUUGAGAUUACGUAUGACGAUACUGAAAAUACUCCUUUCGAGCAGGUUCGACAUAUUCUCGAUCGCUGGGAUCGACUGUGCAUGCUUUGGCGUACUUUUGAGGAAAUGUACAACGACAAACCUCAACUGCGUGAAUAUGACUUCAUUAAUCGCGUUGAAGCACUUCAACUGUGGCUUAAUAUCACUGAUGCCAUCAAUAACCAUUCAAAUGCUCUUAAGGUGUGGAUCGGGAACGACGAAAUGGAUAUAACAAAGGGACGAUCCUCGGCCGCCGAUACCUCAAACAAAUCGAAUCGAAUUUUUGACGAUGAAAAGAAACUGUUAGCAGAACGAUUGAUGAAAGAGAAGGAUGUUCAGACUGUAUUUCGUAAGCGAAUCUUUAAUAACGUUACGCCUUGGAUGAUCAAACUGAAAGAGGCGUACAUCAAGUACGGUCAUUAUUACGAGUUGAUGAAGUUGCCCGAUUAUACUCACGAUUUGAUCAGAGUCAGUAUCAUUCCAAUGAAAUUGAUCAAGGAGAUCAUACUGUUGCGGUUAGGUUAUGCGAUAAAGUUGCAGAACCCAACGUUGAUGAUGAUUGAUCAAAUGAUUGAUGACUUUAAACUGUACAUUACGAUUGCUCUUGAAGUCAAGCUGGGUGUUCAAGAUUAUUGUAAGCCUGACCCGGAGCGAGCAUGGGUAUUGGGUGACCUAUUUGAAGGAGAGGAUAGUGAUUUCGAUCUGGUGGUUCUCAAAUGUGUGCGGUAUUACUUGCUUUUACUUAAUCGAAAAUUGCUUGAUCUGCUGCGCCUGCCCACGAACUUUCGCACAUUCAAAGAACCAGAGGAACUUGAAGAAGCUUGGAAUUACUUAAGGAGAGUUGGUAAUUUCAUUGACGGAGGACUGGUGGUCGUUGCCGAUGAGAUUACACUUCUUACCUCUAAAUUAAUCCACCGUCUUCUUGCAUACUUUAACAAUCAAGUCCGUAAUCCCCAGAUUCUGAAGCUGAGUCUGGCCAUUCAGGACAUAAUCCGCUGGUACGGGCUGACGACAGAAAAUUUCGGCCAGUUGAGACGUAAACUUGCUCGGUUUACAGGAGAGAUACUGCGCGAGUAUACCAAUCUGCUUGUCUUCGAAAUACCCAAAUCGGAUGACAAAAACCUUAACAAAAACUUUUUGGAUUGUCUCAAAACGCUGGGCCAUUUCCUUGUAUUCACGAACACGGUUGAGAAGCAAGGCACUUACUUUUUCGCAUCUAUGGAGCUUGCCGGAAAUGAGCAGGAGAUUUUGAAAAUUAUAACAGGUAAUUACGCUGGUAAUGAUCCUAGUGAAACGAAAACAGUCUAUCGGGAUUUGUUGCAAUUGAAACAGCUGGAAAAAGAUAACGAAGAAAAUUCAAUCGGUGAUCUUGAUGAGCUGGUAUUCCCGCUGUAUUCGGAUGCUCUACUGUAUGUUAUCGCGUUUUGUCCCCUGAAACCAAUCGUAUGGGAGGGUAACGUUGUGCAUCUUGAUCUACACGAGGUCCCUAUCACAGAUGUGAAAGCCGGUACAGUGGUUCUUAUCUCUAAGUUACCGUACUAUCAAUUGCACAUCACUCGUGAGAAAUUUCUCGAUGUUGUACUGGAAGUGAUGAUGGUUGAUGGCAACAUGAAGCCAGUUGAACAAAGAUGUCUGAUCGGAAAGGUACAUCAUGAGCUUACGAAAAUCAAUCGUCUUUUUUUCAAGAUGUGCUUGACUGUGUUGGACUCGGUCAAGAUUGUUCGCGCGAAGUGUAAAGAAAUGUGUCCUCUGGGAGGUUACCAAAACUUGAUUAACAAUUUCUUCGUGUAUGCCAAAGAUUUCGGCAAGCUGUCACUAAGAAACUUGGAUAGCCAUCGUAAGCUGACGGUCAUAAUGAAGCUCAUCCAUCUUGCUAUCGAAUGGGUGAGCUUUAUUGCUGAUGAUUGUGUACCGUCUGACAGAAAGACAUUUCGUUGGUGCGUCUUGGCUCUUGAGUUUGCCAUGGACAUGACAAGAGGCUUUAACGUCCUUGUGCUCAACAAAGAUAUGUUCCAUCGAUUGCGUCUCAAGGUUGCACGUUGUAUGGCUCUCCUUAUUUCACAUUUUGACAUCAUGGGAGCUCGACUGCUGGAAGCUGAAAAGAGGAAAUUUCUCAAGUGGCUGACCCAGCGUAAGCAAAUUGAACGUCUGGAAGAUGAAGAUUUGAUUAUUUCCGCCUACCAAGAAGAUGUCAUGCGUGAGCUUGAUCAAAUCGAGGAGAAUCGUCGUUAUAUGCAAGAAAAGAUUCAACUGGUCGGACGAGUUAUCGAUGUUACAGAUCUGGAGUACCAAUUUGUGACAUUGCUCGCACUGUCCUUUUCACUGGUGUCAAUCAGAUGGCAAAAAGGAAGAUUUAUUGGCGGUGGUACUUUCGGUAAUGUCUACGCUGCAGUCAACUUGGAUACAGGGGGUGUCAUGGCUGUAAAGGAAAUCCGAUUCCAUGAUUCUCAACUGAUUAAAAAUAUUGUACCCCUGAUUCGAGACGAAAUGACAGUGCUUGAAAUGUUGAACCAUCCAAAUGUUGUGCAGUAUUAUGGGGUUGAAGUUCACCGUGACAAGGUAUACAUUUUCAUGGAAUUCUGUGAAGGUGGAUCUCUUGCUGGUCUUUUAACCCAUGGCAGAAUUGAAGAUGAAGUGGUGAUACAAAUUUACACACUUCAAAUGCUUGAAGGUUUGGCGUAUUUGCAUCAUCUGGGUGUCGUGCACCGGGAUAUCAAACCGGAAAACAUAUUGCUUGACCAUAACGGUGUCAUCAAGUUUGUUGAUUUCGGUGCCGCGAAGGUUAUCGCAUCACUGGGAAGAACUCGUGGUCCAAACCCACUGCGUGGGGCUAGCCAUCUCAAUACCAUGACGGGUACACCAAUGUACAUGUCUCCAGAAGCCAUUACCGGUGCAAACACAGCCAAGAAUGGUGUGGUCGACAUUUGGUCGCUUGGUUGCUGCGUCCUCGAAAUGGCCACUGGUCGGCGGCCAUGGCUGAACUUGGACAAUGAGUGGGCUAUCAUGUACCAUAUUGCUGCCGGCAAUAAACCACAAUUACCAUCCCCUGAUCAACUAAGUCAAGCAGGUCGUGACUUUCUUUCAAAAUGUUUGGAGCAGGAUCCUGUUAAGCGUCCUCUGGCGGCAGACCUUUUGAAUGAUCCCUGGAUGGUAUCGAUUCGACAAGCGGCGUUCGGGUCCACCGAAAAUGUUAGUACUCCGCUGCUGGAAACCAGCGAGCCGCCGCCGUUGAUAACUGAAAGACAAUUAUAG